UAUGUAGCUGUUUUUUCUAUCCAUGAUGUAUAUUCCCAAUAUAUGGUUUAAGUUUGUGUUAAAUUGAGUUAAUUCGUUUUUUAUUUAUUUUCUCAAAUUCAUAAAGUUACAUUUUAAAAAUUGGAAGUGAUUCAGAAAUUAAGUAUAUCAUUGAUUCGACGAUGUUUCAUUAAACGAUCCUUUAAAAUGUUUUAUUAAACGAUCCUUUGAAAAAACUUCGGAUCAUAUCUUCAGGAGGAAUAAUACAUUUGGUGCUAUUCCAAAUGUUUACAAUACUCUGUGUUCCCGAAAUAUAUUAAUUUAACGACAAUCAUCAUGAAGAACCAUCAUAAGGGAUCUUGGUCACAUAACAGAGAUCAAGAAAUGCAUAGGAUGGUCGAGAUGGAGCAAGACAUGCACCACCCCCGAGACUACCACCACCAGAGGGAGAUACAAUCACUUUAUAUGAAGGGUCCCCCGCCUCAGGGUGGGCAGAUCAAGUUCACGAUAGCGGACACGCUGGAGAGGAUAAAGGAGGAAUUCAAUUUUCUGCAGGCGCAGUACCACACGUUGAAAUUAGAAUGUGAAAAAUUAGCAAGCGAGAAGACUGAAAUGCAGAGGCACUAUGUUAUGUAUUACGAAAUGUCCUAUGGCCUUAAUGUGGAAAUGCACAAACAGACUGAAAUAGCUAAACGACUAAAUGCAAUCAUAGCACAGGUGCUUCCCUUUCUUGCCCAGGAGCACCAACAGUCAGUCGCCACUGCAGUGGAAAGGGCCAAGCAAGUUACGAUGACAGAGCUGAACGCAAUAAUCGGGCAACAGCAACAACAAGGUCUUCAACAAUUGCUUCAACAGAUACACGCCCAGCAGCUGCCGCACGGUGCUCAUGGGCCAGCUCUACCGAUGGGACCUCAUCCAGGACUUCCAGGUAUGGGUCCAGCUGGUCUCCUAGGAUUCGGAGGUGCUGCAGCCUUGGGAGGUGGCAAUGUUCCUUCACUACCUGGUGUACCCCAUUCCUCUGCUCUGGGUGGAGGAGCGCACCCGCUGUUGAAGCCCUCGGAUCUCCAUGCCAGAGAGAACAUAGAUAAGAGACCUAGCUCGAAUCAUACCGAGGAUAGACUGAAUUCAGUAUCGCCUGCCGAAAGAGAAAAAUAUAGACCAAGAUCGUCGCCAGAUCCAGAACAAGAAUCUAAAAGAAGAAGAGACGAGAAAUUAGGACAUGAUAGCGAUGGAGAAAAAAGUGAUCAGGAUCUCGUUGUAGACGUAGCCAAUGAGGAAACAGCCUCACCUCACACAAAUGGUGACCACGCAGCCCUUAGUAAUUCUGCAUCAGAUAUAAGGGAAAACGGCAGCACCAAUGGCGAUAAAGUAAAAAUUGAGAGACCACCGAGUAGAAGCGGAUCUUCUUCUUCGAGGAGUACACCUUCACUCAAAGUUAAAGAUGAAAAGCCCAUGACGCCCAGUUCGAAGCCCCGAUCCACCACACCAAACCUUGUUGGGCCUAGCCAGGGUCCGAUAACGCCGAAGAUUGGUCCAAGCCAGUACCCACCGUACCCAAUGGGUGUAAGAGCCCCUGACCAUUUAGGAGGACCUUACAAUAACGUAGUUCCUGCAGCUUACGGCCGACCACCCAUGGGAUAUGACACUCAUCCUCACACUAGAGCCCCAGCGAUCACCAACGGCCUUGGAAGCAUGACGGGAGGAAAACCAGCCUACUCCUUCCACAUGAACGGCGAAGGUCAGCUGCAGCCAGUGCCCUUUCCGGCGGACGCCCUACUAGGGCCAGGAAUACCGAGACAUGCCAGACAAAUCAACACCCUCAACCAUGGUGAAGUUGUAUGCGCUGUAACAAUAUCGAAUCCAACGAAAUAUGUAUAUACAGGAGGCAAGGGGUGCGUUAAAGUGUGGGAUAUAAGCCAACCGGCCUCAAAAAGUCCCGUCUCACAGUUGGAUUGCUUGCAAAGAGACAACUACAUCAGGUCAGUCAAGCUCCUUCCAGACGGCAGAACCCUUAUAGUGGGCGGUGAAGCCAGCAACCUCUCCAUAUGGGACCUUGCAAGCCCCACCCCCAGGAUAAAGGCCGAACUGACCUCAAGCGCCCCAGCCUGCUACGCCCUAGCCAUCAGUCCGGACUCGAAAGUGUGCUUCAGUUGUUGUAGUGACGGCAACAUAGCGGUGUGGGACUUACAAAAUCAGACUCUAGUUAGACAAUUCCAAGGUCACACGGACGGUGCGUCUUGCAUAGACAUAUCCUCGGACGGUACAAAACUGUGGACAGGCGGCUUGGACAAUACUGUGCGUAGUUGGGAUCUGAGGGAGGGCAAGCAACUUCAGCAACACGACUUCAGCUCGCAGAUCUUCUCCUUAGGAUACUGCCCAAUGGGCGGCGAAUGGCUGGCGGUGGGAAUGGAGAACUCCCACGUGGAAGUGUUGCACGCCAAUAAGGCGGACAAGUACCAGCUCCAUCUACACGAGAGUUGCGUGCUUAGCUUAAAAUUCGCAGCUUGCGGAAAAUGGUUCGUGUCAACGGGCAAGGAUAAUUUGCUGAAUGCUUGGAGGACUCCCUACGGCGCCAGUAUAUUCCAGUCGAAGGAAUCAUCAAGUGUAUUGAGCUGCGAUAUAUCAAGUGAUGACAAAUAUAUCGUUACUGGGUCCGGAGAUAAGAAAGCAACUGUUUACGAAGUGAUAUACUGAAACAAUCGACACAAAUCUUGAAGCAACAAUGUACCUUAUUUAAAGGGAUAAUUAUGUUAAUAAACUGGACACUUUUUCGAUUAUUUUGCACACAAUAACUACUUAGAUUGAAUUUUGUAUAAAACUUAGUGUGUAAAGUGAUAUGAGUGAGUUUUAUAAAGAGCGAACUUGAUUGUUAGAAAGGUCAAUAAAGAAACAUUAAAAAACUGUAAAAUAUA